UUUUCUGACCCCCACUACUAGUACUCCAUUACACGGUUAACAGAGAGAGAGCCCCCAUUCCGGUCAAAGCAUAAUUUUGUAGUAAUAGACGCCGGAGCGUGAGAGCAUGUCACCGGAAGAAACAGUAUGCAAGUCAUCACCGCUGGACAAACCUCUGUAUCAACUUACUGAAGAUGACAUUUCUCAACUCACUCGUGAAGAUUGCCGCUCUUACCUCAAACAAAAAGGGAUGAGAAGGCCGUCAUGGAAUAAAUCACAGGCGAUUCAGCAAGUCAUAUCUCUCAAGGCUCUCUUCGAGACGACGCCACAUACUAGGAAGAAACUUUACAUUCCUCGCUCCGAUAUUCAUGUACAAUGUGUCCAGAGAGGGAAAGAUACUGCUGCAGAACUUUCUGAAUCGGCUGAAGAGACGGUGCCUGAUGGAAAAAAACAACAGGGAAAACCUGAUAUUUCCGGUCAUAUAACUGCCCCUCCAGUCACUGCUGUUGAUAAGUCAGCUCCUUCUAGAACAAUAGGAUCAGCAGAUACACCAGUAGGUCAAAUGAUAAUCUUCUACAGUGGCAAGGUGAAUGUCUAUGAUGAUGUGCCUGCCAACAAGGCACAAACAAUCAUGUGUCUUGCUUCAAGCCCCCAUUGUAUGCCUUCAGAAGCUCCAUCAAAUGCUACUGUAGCAGCUCGACAUUCAGCUUGCUGCUUACAAGCUGCAAAUACUAAACUACGCCCAGAUUCGGAUAUGGUACCGACUAUUCAAACAGUGAAAAUGAGUGAAGUUGCUCGAAUGCCUGUAGAAGAAAGCAACAGCUUAAAUGAUGACAAUCCUGAAGCAGUGGAGAGUCCCGCAAGCAGGAAAGCAUCAGUACAAAGAUAUCUUGAGAAGCGAAAAGACAGGUUCAAGUGCAAGAGAAAGGUAGAAACAACUUCAUCAGCUAGCUUGGAUAUCUAUUUAAAUGAUCAAACCGGAACUCGUACUUCAAGUAGGGCUGAUCUUUGCUUCUCACCCCUUAUUAGACUGUCUACUGCACCUACAGCAAGUUGUCCCGUACAAGAGAAUAUUCAGAUGAAUCCCACUUUUUCUAGUGGUAUCAAUGAUAGAGGAUGCUGCGAAUGAAAACUAUUGGAAAGAAUUGUCUCUAUGUCUCUGCAUACUGGCGCUAUUUGAUACCUUUCUCAUGUAAACUUAAGUUAAAGAUCAUGUUGUAACUGGUAUGAUUCACAUGUCUAUAUGAAUCAUCAAUGAGUACUACAGUGUGGAGUAAAUAGUUUGAGUAGAGCAACAUACAGAGGAGAAGGAGAGUGCACCAGUCAAAUAGUGUAGUUGGACACUGACAAAGGAAAGGCAACAAGUGUAGUUGCAGAAAUUCUAUUGAAAUUUCAUUCCUGGUAUUUGACAAAACGAAUCCUCCCAUUAUCAACUUUCCUCUAGAAAAAUUCUUCCUUUGUGUUUUCAUGUCUUCACAGAACUACUAGUCGAACCCUCCCAUUAUUAAUGUCACAACCAUUAAGUAAAUCUUAGAACAAUUUCCCGAUGUCAAACGUAUCACCUGUAAUCCAUAAGAUUACGAAUAGCAAUAUAAAAAUAUGUUACACAGCAACUAUUACGAUUCCUCAAUGCCAAAGAAAUUGCAAAAUUAUGUUAUAAAUGGUAAGUAAUAUCUUAACAAUAUGCAAAAAUAGUAACUAGAUUACAAUAAUUUUAUAUAAAAAGGUAUGACCUAAUAAUAUAGAGGAGAAAAUGACAAAAAUGGUCAUUUAUUUAGGUGGAUGUUCUAGUAGUCUCUUAAAUAUACUCCAGAAUAGUUUUGAUCU